AUGUUCGCCCGCAGCCUCCGCACCGCCACCCGCGUCUCGCGCGUCGCCAACGCCCGCGCCUUCUCCGCCACCGCCGGCCGCAUGAACGACUACCCCACCGUCGAGAAGGGACAGUCCCUCUGGAACUUCACCGAGGAGGAGAACAUGCUCCGUGACUCCGUCAAGAAGUUCGCCGACGAGGUCAUCCAGCCCCGUGUCCGCGAGAUGGACGAGAAGGAGAUCAUGGACCCCGAGCUCAUCCAGGGCCUCUUCGACAACGGUCUCAUGGGUAUUGAGAUCCCUGAGGAGUACGGUGGUGCCGGCUGCUCCUUCACUUCGGCUAUCAUUGCCGUUGAGGAGAUUUCGCGUGUUGACCCCUCGGUUGCCGUCCUCGUCGACGUCCACAACACUCUCGUCAACACCGUCGUCCGCCACCACGGCUCGGACGCCAUCAAGGAGAAGUGGCUCCCUGGCCUCGCCCAGGAGAAGGUCGGCUCCUUCUGUCUUACUGAGCCCGGAGCCGGCUCUGACGCCUUCGGUCUCCAGACCACCGCCAAGCUCGACCCCUCGGGAGACUUCUACGUCCUGAACGGCACCAAGAUGUGGAUCUCCAACUCUGGUGAGGCCGAGACCUUCCUUGUCUUCGCCAACGUCGACCCCUCCAAGGGCUACAAGGGUAUCACCUGCUUCGCCGUUUCCAAGGACAUGGGCGUCGAGAUCAUGAAGAAGGAGGAGAAGCUCGGUAUCCGUGCUUCGUCCACCUGUGUCCUCAACUUCGACGACAUCAAGGUCCCCAAGGAGAACAUUGUCGGUGAGGUCGGCAAGGGCUACAAGAUUGCCAUCCAGAUCCUCAACGAGGGCCGUAUCGGUAUCGCCGCCCAGAUGAUCGGUCUUGCCCAGGGUGCCUUCGAGCGCGCUCUCCCCUACACCUACCAGCGCAAGCAGUUCGGCAAGGCCGUCGGUGACUUCCAGGGCAUGGGCUUCCAGUUCGCCGACAUCCACACCCAGAUCGAGGCCGCCAAGCUCAUGACCUACAACGCCGCCCGUCUCAAGGAGGAGGGCCGCGAGUUCACCAAGGAGGCCGCCAUGGCCAAGUACUUCGCCUCGGUCGUCGCCCAGCGCGCCGCCGGCUCCGCCAUCGAGUGGUGCGGUGGUGUCGGCUUCACCCGUGACACCGGUAUCGAGAAGUACUGGCGUGACUCGAAGAUUGGUGCCAUCUACGAGGGCACCUCGAACAUCCAGCUCGAGACCAUUGCCAAGUUCCUCAAGAAGCAGUACGCUUAA